AUGGUAAAAAGACAUACUGUAAUAAAUGUAACAAGGCAUUCUCAGAUCCUGCUAGUCUUAGGAGACAUAGAAAGAACUUUAACCAUUUCUAGUAAUAUAUAUUUACAUACAGUAACAUUUGUGAUGGUAAAAAUACAUACUGUAAUAAAUGUGACAAGGCUUUCUCAGAUCCUGCUAGUCUUAGGAGACAUAGAAAGAACUUUAACCAUUUCUAGUAAUAUAUAUUUACAUACAGUAACAUUCAUGAUGGUAAAAAGACAUACUGUAAUAAAUGUGACAAGGCUUUCUCAGAUCCUGCUAGUCUUAGGAGACAUAGAAAGAACUUUAACCAUUUCUAGUAAUAUAUAUUUACAUACAGUAACAUUCAUGAUGGUAAAAAGACAUACUGUAAUAAAUGUGACAAGGCUUUCUCAGAUCCUGCUAGUCUUAGGAGACAUAGAAAGAACUUUAACCAUUUCUAGUAAUAUAUAUUUACAUACAGUAACAUUUGUGAUGGUAAAAAUACAUACUGUAAUAAAUGUGACAAGGCUUUCUCAGAUCCUGCUAGUCUUAGGAGACAUAGAAAGAACUUUAACCAUUUCUAGUAAUAUAUAUUUACAUACAGUAACAUUCAUGAUGGUAAAAAGACAUACUGUAAUAAAUGUGACAAGGCUUUCUCAGAUCCCGCUAGUCUUAGGAGACAUAGAAAGAACUUUAACCAUUUCUAGUAAUAUAUAUUUACAUACAGUAACAUUUGUGAUGGUAAAAAUACAUACUGUAAUAAAUGUGACAAGGCUUUCUCAGAUCCUGCUAGUCUUAGGAGACAUAGAAAGAACUUUAACCAUUUCUAGUAAUAUAUAUUUACAUACAGUAACAUUUGUGAUGGUAAAAAUACAUACUGUAAUAAAUGUAACAAGGCUUUCUCAGAUCCUGCUAGUCUUAGGAGACAUAGAAAGAACUUUAACCAUUUCUAGUAAUAUAUAUUUACAUACAAGCAGUCAAACGAUCAUGUUGUUAUAACAUGGGUUACAUAAUACUGUAAUAUACUUAAAUAAUACUUUUUGUUAAUUUGUAGAACUUUGAGAUAAAUUUUGAAAUUAUAGAAUGCAAUGUUUGUUCAUUUGGUUCAUUAUACAUUUAUUUCAAUUAUAUUGCCGUAAAAAAAGUUACACAGGUCGCUGCCUAGCGCAAUGUGCAUUACAAGCUAGCCCUGUAAUGUUUGUGUACUAUUACUAUUAGUGAUUUCAAAUUGAUAUAUUUUGUUUGGUGGGGUUUGCUACACUUGGCAGUUUCUGUUUCUAGUUUUAUUAUUAUAUUCCAAUCAUUGUUCAUGAUAUUUGUUUGGAAUGAUAAUUUUAACAUAAUAGACAAACCAGGAAAGAUCGUUAUUUUCAAUGGUUACAAUGUUAUGGCUAUUUUGCAAAACAUGCUCCAAAUGCCAAAACAUAACAAAA